AGAAAACAGAUCAUCUUUUCGACGACUGAAUUCCAUGGAAGCCUCAAGAACUACACUCAUCAAUAAGUAUGCUCUUGCCUGUGCUCUCUUGGCCUCCACCAACUCCAUUCUCUUGGGUUACGAUAUUGGAGUAAUGAGUGGAGCGGUGCUGUUUAUUAAAGAUAACUUGAAGGUGUCGUCAACCCAAAUAGAAAUUCUUGUGGGUUCACUAAAUGUUUGUUCUUUGAUCGGAUCUUUCGCCUCCGGCAGAACCUCCGACUGGAUUGGCCGGCGAUACACCAUCGUCCUCGCGGCUGCAACUUUUUUCAUCGGAGCAUUGCUCAUGGGAUUCGCUACGAAUUUCUGGUUUCUUAUGGCCGGAAGGGUGGUCGCCGGAAUCGGUGUCGGAUACUCCCUUAUGAUUGCUCCGGUAUACACCGCGGAAUUGUCACCGGCGGUGACACGUGGGCUUCUCACAUCCCUCCCGGAAGUCUUUAUCACCAUCGGAAUUUUAUUGGGCUAUAUUAUUAACUACGCAUUAUCGGGUCUCCCUUCACACAUCAACUGGCGGUUGAUGGUCGGAUUUGCUGCCGUUCCGGCGGUGGGUAUCGCCGGCGGCGUCAUGUUCAUGCCGGAGUCGCCACGGUGGCUUGUGAUGAAGGGUAGAGUCGGUGAGGCCAAGAAUGUUUUAAGGAAAACAUCAGACUCUGAAGAGGAGGCACAUGUGAGGUUGGAGGAAAUUACCAAAGCUGCCCUUGAUGUGGUGGCGUGCGACCCACGUGCCGACACUUUUAGAGGCCAAGGAGUUUGGAAAGAGUUCUUAAAGCCCUCGCCGCCGCUUCGCCGGAUUCUUAUCGCCGCCAUCGGAAUCAACUUCUUCAUGCAAGCCUCCGGCAACGAUGCGGUGGUUUACUACACGCCGGAAGUUUUCAAGGCCGCUGGAAUCCGCCACCGGAAACAGCUUUUUGGGGUGACGAUAAUCAUGGGCCUAGCCAAGACUUCUUGUGUUUUGAUUUCGGCUUUUUUCUUGGACCGAUUCGGUAGGAGGCCCUUAUUGCUAUUGGGCUCAAUGGGCAUGGCCAUUUCUCUAGCUGGGUUGGGCCUGGGUUCAAGAUUCUUAGAACACUUAAACCACAAGCCCACAUGGGCCAUCGGGUUGUGCGUGGUGGCGGUUUGUGCGGACGUGUCAUUCUUCUCGAUUGGACUCGGGCCCAUCACAUGGGUCUACACAUCAGAAAUAUUCCCUAUGAGGCUACGUGCUCAAGGAUCAAGUUUAGCAGUGUCGGUAAACCGAUUGGUCAGUGGGAUUGUGUCAAUGACGUUUCUUACCAUUUCAAACAAAAUAACGUUUGGAGGGAUGUUUUUCAUGCUCUCGGCUAUCAUGGUAGUUGCAACGGUUUUCUUUUAUUUCUUUUUACCCGAGACGAAAGGGAGGAGUCUGGAAGAAAUGGGAACGAUAUUUGAGAAAAAAGAUACCGAGGGUAGUAAGGUAAUUGAGGUGAGCGAAAAAUAGUAGAGAACGGAUUUUUAUUUCGAAUACGGUAUGGCAGUAAUGAAA